UUCCUUGCUAUAUUUCUCCUUCUCAACUCAAUUUCGUGCUAACGCACUCCUCUCCUUGUCCGAAAUACUCUGCCUCCGGGUGUUCGCGAAAAUGCUUCAAAGGCUGUGGUAUCCGUCCUCACUGUGCUGCCUCCUUCUUCUCCUCCCCCUUCUGCUACGUUCCUCGGCCUCUGUGCCCACCAAUCCGGACUACGUUGCGUGCUCUGAACCUGAAGUUUUACACUGCGGGAAACUCAACAUCACCUACCCUUUCCGCCUGAUCGAAAGCCCAGAUUACUGCGGCUACCCUGGAUACGAGCUCAACUGCAACUUGGAUGAAGAAGUCGCCCCGCUCACCAUCAAACUUGGAGGAGAGGAUUAUGCCGUACUGAAUAUUUUUUAUCGGGAGAGGGUUGUCGUAGUCGUCAAUUCAUACUUAUUGAAGACUGAUUGCCCUCGGAACUUCAUCAACACCAGCUUCAACCCAAGCCUUUUCAGCUACGCUAGCUACGACAGCAACCUCACAGUUUACGUAAAUUGCAUUUUCCAGAUCAUGCCGCCCCAGCUAUCGGAAAUCUUUUGCCUGAGCAAUUCGUUGAAUAAGUCGUACUAUAAAGUGGAUAAGGGGCCGUCGACUUUCCUAGACAAUUUUCAAGGUAGCUGCGACCAGACGGCGGCUGUGCCGGUUUAUGCCAAGCAGGAUUUCGUCGCGGCGAUGAAAGGGGGGUUCGGUUUAAAUUGGAACGACAGUUUGGAUUGGUGCCAGGAAUGUAUGGAUUCCGGAGGGAGAUGCGGUUACAAUAUGACUCGGCCAGAAGAUCAGAUUUGCUUCUGCUCUGAUACUAACCGCCUUAGAUCUUGUUUUUACUGUAAGCAGAUCUCUUUCUCCUAA